AUGGAUCCUUUAAGAGUCUUCACUGAGAUAAUGGCUCAUAUAAAAGGUGGCUUGAGAACUUGGGAGUCCUGUAAUGGUAGACUCAGCCAGGAGGGCUAUCUUGAACUUUCUGGUCGAAUGUCAACUUUAGGUAUCCAGGAGAAAGAAACCGUGUACAAAAUUUUUAAAGCUUAUGAAAAGAUGAAGGUCAAAAAUGGUGAUUUUGAUAUGGCUGAUCUUGUAAUUGAUCUUCAUGACCGGCUUAAAAAAGAAAAGUAUGAUGGUGACAUGAUGGACUAUGUAUACAUAGAUGAAGUCCAGGAUCUUACCAUGAGCCAGAUUGCUCUUUUCAAAUUCAUCUGCAAAAAUGUGAUAGAGGGCUUUGUGUUCUCCGGCGACACAGCUCAAACCAUUGCAAAAGGGGUUGAUUUCAGAAGUGGAGAAAAUGAUAGACGAAAUAAGAAGGGUCAAUUAUCUAAAAUACUUCAGUUGAGCCAAAACUUCCGUACCCAUGCUGGUGUUCUGAAGUUAGCUCAGAGUGUCCUAGACCUUCUUUACCAUUUUUUCCCUUCGCUUGUCGACAUUCUAAGCCAUGAAACUAGUCUUAUAUCUGGGGAAGCACCAGUUUUUCUAGCAGAGAAUUCUGAAAAAGCAAUUGCAACUAUAUUCAGGAGCAAUGCUGAUGAAAAAUGCAAUUUUGUUGGAUUUGGAGCAGAGCAGGUCAUAUUAGUGCGGGAUGAUCAUACCAGGAAUAAAAUUUAUAGUUACGUUGGUAAGCAAGCUCUUGUUCUGACUAUACUGGAGUGCAAGGGCUUGGAGUUUCAGGAUGUAUUUCUGUACAAUUUUUUUGGCUCACCAGAUUUGAGAGACAAAUGGGGAAUUGUAUAUGAAUACAUGAAGGAACAUGGGAUACCGUGUUCCAGUUCUUCCAGGUCCUUCGGAAUUUCGAGUUUCGAUCUGGCAAAACACUAUUUGUUGUGUUCUGAGCUGAAGCAAUUAUAUGUUGCUAUCACUCGUACAAGGCAAAGAUUGUGGAUUUGUGAUGAGGAUUUUUCCAAUCCAAUGUUUGAUUACUGGAGAAAGAAGGAACUUGUCAAAGUCAGGCAACUAGAUGAUUCACUCCUUCAAGAAAUGCAAGUUGUAAGCAGUCUUGAAGAGUGGAAAUCACGAGGAUACAAGCUUCUACAUGAGCAUAACUAUGAUAUGGCAAUCACAUGUUUUGAAAGAGCUGGAGAUAGACAUGCACAGACACUGGCAGAGGCUCUCGGCCUUAAAGCAGCUGCUGACAGAAUGCAUGGUUCAAAUCCUAUAAUGGCUUCGAACGCUCAUAUGCAGGCUGCUGAAAUGUUUGAAUCGAUUGGAAAGGUUGAAAGUGCUGCAGAAUGUUUUUACUUGUCAAACAAUUAUGAAAGAGCAGGUAGAAUUUAUUCACAAUGUGGAGAAUCUUCUGUAAAAAGGGCUGCCGAAUGUUUUUAUCUGGCUGGAUGUUAUAUGCUUGCAGCAGAACUAUAUGCUAGAGGAAACCAUUUCUCAAUGUGCUUGACUGCAUGUACAAAAGGAGAACUCUUUGAAAUGGGAUUGAAAUAUAUUCAGGGCUGGAAACAACAGUUAUUGACGAAUGAUUAUAGAGACAGGAUUGCACAAGAGUUUCUGGAGAGCAGUGCACUUCAUUAUCACAAGCUCGGUGAAAAGAUAAAGAUGAUGAGAUAUGUUAGAUCUUAUGAUUCCAUGGAUUCUAUUCGAAAAUACUUGAAAAAAUUUGGAUACCUUGAUGAGCUUCUGUCGUUGGAAGUAGGAUCUGGUAACUUCCUGAAGGCUGCAAACAUAGCAAAUAUCAAAGGUGAACUUCUACUUGAGGCCGACCUGCUUGAGAAAGCUGGACACUUUAAGGAUGCAUCAAUUCUUGUGCUUUGGUACGUGCUUCUCAACUCUCUUUGGCCAUCUGGGAACAGAGGCUGGCCCUUGAAGCAUUUUGCAGAAAAGGAGAAGCUUUUAUCAAAAGCAAAGUCACUGGCGAAGAAUGCAUCAAGCCAGCACUGUGAGAUUGUGAGCAUAGAGGCCGAAAUAUUGUUGAAUGAACAGAGUAGCUUAAGUAUGAUGAAGAAACAUCUAAGUAACUCUCAGAGACAUAAGAGUAUCAGAGGUGAAAUAUUAUCUGCUCGAAAGAUUCUGGAUGAGUAUCUUGAUCUCAAUGUCUCAAAGUAUUGGCAGCAAAACAACUUGGUUCAUCAUCAACCAGGGUUUUGGAAAGAAAAAUCUUCAGAAAAUAGGGUCUCUGUUGAGACAUUGGUUUUCUAUUGGAAAGUUUGGAAGAACAUGAUUUUUAACAUAUUUAAGUAUCUCAGUUGUCUUCCAGCACAAGAUACCAGUAAAUAUAGAAGUUAUGGAGAAUUCUGCUUCAGUUACUUGGAUCUCUGGAAGCAGAUCAAUACUAAUGUCUACCUUUUAUUGAAAUCUGAUGCCAAUUGGGUAAGGGUAUUGGAAAGCAGAUUUGUAAGAGAAAGUAAGCUCGUUUCUGUGAAUGUUCACCAAGUAGUCUUUGCUGCUCGAAGUUAUUGGCGUUCAGAAUUACUUUCUGUUGGUAUGAAUGUGCUGAUCAAACUUAAAGAAUUGUACGAAUCAACUUAUUCUUUAUCUCUCUUCAGUCAAAGCAUCUGUCUUGUUCAUUUCUAUGAGGUUGCAAAAUCUCUUUUGAGUUCCAGAUAUCUGAAUCACCAAUCCCAUGAUAACAAGAUACUGCAGAAUUUAAUUGGAAUACCAACUCAACACUUCUUUAGCUGCAUAUUUCCUGUGGACUGGAGAGAAUCAUUGGAAGUGAAUACGAUUUCCUGGAGGAUGAGUCCGAUUUCUAAAGAUUUACUCAAAGAAGUAAUUUUUGUAAGCGUCAGCUUAAAAAACAAGCUAUCUUAUGAGCAACUUGGAAGAAUGGCAGUGAUUAUUCUUGGGUCUGGUCACAUGUACAAAGAAUCAUAUGAGAAGAUCAAAGAUAGGGUAGCAUGGAAUCCAACAUGGAUGGCUUUCUUUGAGGCUUUCUGUAGGAAUGCGUGUGAGCUGUCUUAUAUGUGGAAGUUGCAUGGAGCUCUAGCAGAUGUUUAUAUUGCCAACUGGAGGAAAGAAGACUAUAUCUCACCUGGCUGUUUUUUGUACCUUAUCGAGCGCCAGCUGAUUUCGUUAUCUUGCUCCCAGGGGUACUUUCUCACAACAAUGUCUUCAUUCAUCGAAUGGUUUAUCUACCAGGAACGCAGUGACAGUCUAGCUUCCGUAGCCGAACAUGCUCCACAAUCUACUGAAGCCAUUCUGGAGUUUGUAGCACAUGUUGUUAAGCAGUUCCUUCAUAAUAUGAAGCAUACAAUGGAGUGGACCGAAAAAUCUUACAAAAAUGUGAAGGACUGUGAAGCAGUGGUGUUGAGAUUAGUUGUUGCAAUCUGCCUGAUUUAUUUGAACUUUGGUUUGUGCUGA